AUGGCUCAGUCGCCUACUCCGCCUACUCCGCAGAGCUUCCUCAGCCGAGACCACUGGAUCUCCUCGCAGGCUUGGGGCUGGGCUGGCCACUCGGACUCCACGUCCCCGGCCUCCUCCUCGGAUUCGUCGGGUUCGUGUCCCUGCGACGGCACACGCGGCCUUCCCUGGUCGGAGGCACCUGCUCGCAGCGCCAGAGCCACGCAGACGGCGCCCCGACGGGCGCGCUCCGGGCCCCCGGGCGGCCAGCGGCAGAGCGCCAGCGAGCGCGAGAAGCUGCGCAUGCGCACGCUCGCCCGCGCCUUGCAGGAGCUCCGCCGCUUUCUGCCGCCAUCGAUGGCGCCGGCGGGUCAGAGCCUGACCAAGAUCGAGACCCUGCGCCUGGCCAUCCGCUACAUCAGCCACUUGUCUGCCGUGCUGGGCCUCAGCGAGGACAGCCUGCAGCGCCGGCGCCGGCGGCUCAGCAGCACGUCGAGGGGCUGCCCGCUCUGCCCCGACGACGGCGGACCCGCGCAGGCGCAGUGCAUUGGCUCACCUGCUGGCGCUGCCGCGUUCUGGGGGACCCCGACUGCCAAUCUCGGAGUCUUGGCAGCGCCAGAGCACCUCGAGAGUCGGGUCCCUGACAUGAAUCCUUGUGUGUCACCCCCUUCCUAUCCCAGCAUGCAGUCAUCCACGCAUCUGCCCAGAGAGAAAGACCCUGAGGCAGCUGUUUGGAUGUCCCUGCAAACUUGUUCAGGGACAAAGACAUCCCUGCAGCCUGGGAGCCCUGCUAUUCCUUGGACGCCAGCCCCUGUACCUCCAGAGUUGGCUGCUGUGUACCAGUACCCCACUCUGGUCUGCCCUCCGCACAGUGCCUGGGACAGAAGAGAGGACCUGUUGCAGAUGCCCCGACACUUUCUUCUAGGAGCCAUGGCCAUCAUCUCCUACUACACUGAACAUUCAGCACCAGUUCCUGCUGGCCACAGCCACAUGACCACUAUGAAUGCCAGCAUUGUAUGCUACCAGGCCUACAUGCAGGCAGAGUGCGGCUAUCACAGUCAGAAAGACAGCCUUUAUCUCAGAGAGCUGGGAGGACCCUAG